CACGGGGAGGUUCCGCUUCUUCCAGGGCAGAUGCAGGCGGCGGAGCUUCCGCUGCGGCCGUGGGAAACAUGAAUUAUAUGCCGGGCACCGCGAGCCUCAUCCAGGAUAUCGACAAGAAACACUUGGUCCUCCUCCGAGACGGCAGAACACUGAUAGGAUAUUUACGAAGCAUUGAUCAGUUUGCCAACUUGGUGUUGCACCAGACAGUGGAGCGCAUUCACGUGGGUAAAAAAUACGGUGACAUCCCCCGUGGCAUCUUUGUGGUGAGAGGCGAGAACGUUGUUCUUCUGGGGGAAAUCGACUUGGAGAAGGAAAGCGAUACCCCGUUGCAGCAAGUUUCGAUUGAGGAGAUCCUGGAGGUACAGCGGGUAGAGCAGCAAGCGAAGCAGGAGUCGGAGAAGCUAAAAGUGCAGGCACUGAAGGAGCGGGGCCUCUCCAUCCCGCGGGCCGAUACCCUCGAUGAAUACUAGACAACCUAUCGGGACAGGCGGUUGGCUCUGUGCAGCAGUCGAACUGAAACAGUUUUGUGUCGAUAUGUUCUUAUGACCAAGAACUGCUGUUCUGUUUUUUGUUGUGUUCUUUUUUGAAGGAGGGAGAGAGGGGUGCAGGCCACAAUUUAAUCAUGGUGUUUUUUUUGCUUUCUCUUUGCAAAAAUCACUGUUUCCGAAGACGUAAGCGCUGCCAGAUGUCUCGUGUAACCAAAUGUGAUAGAGCAGCUAUACAGCUUGGGACAAAACUUUUUUUAAGUUGACUUUCUUUUGUUCUGUGACUCUAGAGGAGGUGGAAUGACACCCCCUGAUGUGUAAAUAAAAACCUGGCCAUCCAAAUGCUGGUGUUGCUGAGGCUGGAACCCUUUUGAGAGUUUGUGCCUGCCUCUUUAAUUAACCAUGUGCUUCCCCCCCCCCCCCGCCCCUUAACAGAUGCAGAACAAGAGUUAAAUUUUGCUAGAACUGGCCUGGCAGAGAGGCUAGUACCUGAUUUGGGGAGGGGGGCGGGUUUACAGUACUGGCUGGUGUUCCCAAUCUGAGAUCUGUCUGUCUUAGGCGAUAAAUAGGGUUCAGUAAGUUGCAGCUUAGUCAGCAUCUUUGGGGCUGCAAUAUUAUUUGAUCUUAGCUGGUAAAAUUUUUAAAUGUGGUAGCUAAUCUCUCUUGCAACCCUAGAGAUAUACCAGGUCAGCCUACUGAUAAUAUAUGUUGCUUUUUAUAUACUAUCCUUUCAUAAAGGCACAAUCAGCCAUUCAGCAGGGUGAAACAGUCUGCUUUAGUGGGAAGAUCUUGGGUAGUAUUAAAGAACAGCAGAAUGCAAGAAAGGUAUGAGUUCAGUUGGAUCAGACCAGUGGUCCAUCUAGUCCAACAUCCUGCCACUCAAAUGGCCAUAUCCCCCAUCCUUAUUGUUGGCUCAUAACAACUAGUGUUCAGAAACAUAUGGCUUCCAGAUGUUUACCACUUGUAUGAGCAUCUGAAUAGCAAAAAGUGAAACACCUUGAAUAAGAAUUUAUAGUUGAUAGAAGACUUUUCACCAGAUGCUAUUCCAAUAGCAGUUAGCUAAAUUUCUCUUAUCUCACCUAAAUCAAAGAGUUGAGCUGGACGCAUUAAAUAUAUGGGAUUUUUUUAGAUCUAAGGAAAGCUGAAGUUAGACUAAAUUUGUCCAGUGCACUCAAUAAUUCUACUGUAAACAUCAGUGCAUGCUAGCUCAUGACCUGAGUGGCUAUCUAAGAUACUUUUAUAUAAUAAGAUUAGAUAAACCUCUCUAAUGUGUUGGUUCUGCAUCGCCAGGGAGGUCUGUGAAAGUUCUACUUUGCAACAAUACUUUGGAAGCUUUAUCAUUAUCUUUAGCUUGUUAAAGGUGGGGUUCUCUGGUUCUUUUCUGUCACAGAAAAGACCACUGUAUUAAAUUUUGCCUUCUGGCAAGCUGUUGGUGAUUGGGGUGCUUAGAAGGAAAGCAUUGUUUUGCAGCUACAGUUUCUGGCAUCUCUGGAUGACAUCACACCAGUUGAUAUCAUGUGUUCAUAGUGUUUUUCCAAAUGUAUUCCUCCUGUGUUGAAGUGCUGGAGAGGCUGUGCACCGUUUGACAGGAGAAGAAAAAGAAAUGGCAGCCAACAUAUGAUAUCCUUAGCAUAGCCUUUGUCUUGGAUUGCUUGAAUUAAAAUGCCACUUAAAAAAAAAGGCUGUUCUUCCUGCAUUGCAUAUUGUGACACCUAAAUUAUGUGUUUGAAGAAUGCAAAACCGCAAGCUGAUUCUUUGCUUUUGCUGUGGAGAACUGAAUUCUUUGAACAUCUGAUUGGAACUCUGCCUUUUUGCUCUCAAAAUUUGCCCUGUCCACAUUUCCUGUAUUGCAAGAUAUUAUGGGAUAUGCAUUUGGCCAAUUGUCUUUAAAAGUAAGGCCUGAUUUAUAUGCAAAUGUGUAACUUAAUUCAAUAAUAAAAUAGUCAGAAUUAGAUGUCCAAAAAAAGGUGGGUUGAGCAGGUUCAGUGUUUUUCAGAAAGAUUGCUCAUUGCUCUCGACUAUCCAAUUAACUAUACUCAGGAAUUUUAUACUUAGCUCCACAAAGAGCAUGUUUCAUUUAAAAACUGUCAGAUCGAAGAUGCAUCUGUACUGCAGCAUUCUAUUUUUAAAGCGAACUUGUUAGGUAGUACUUAAGAAGUUUGCAAGUUACGAUACAAUGAAGAUAACUAAUUUCUGUUUUGAUCCCCACUUUUUUCUCAUCUGCUACUCCUGGACAUGGAGGUCUCUCUCUUGACUGCUAGCUGGCAACUGUUGAAUAGAUCUGUCCUCCAUGAAUGAACAAAUCUUUUUGAUAAAGCCAUCUAAGCUAAUAACCACCACUUGUGGCGAUGAAUAUGCCUUGAGUUGCAAAAUGCUUCCUUAUGUGCCGAAUUAAUUGGCAAUAAAUGUUGCUGGUGAGUCAGAA